AGGUUAGCUGGUUUCCUAUUUUCUAUAUUUUCAUUGGUUGAAGUCGGGUUUCAUUUUAAGCUCACACAAUUUUACAGAUCAGUUCAGUAUUAGAUUUAUAGUAGUGGUUUUCCAAAAAAAUCUAAAGUAUAAAAAUUCAAUAAAUACGGCCUGCAAACUAUAAAACAUUUUAGACAAAAUACAAAAAUUGUAGAUAAUAAACCAAUCAAAAAUAGCAGUUCAAAAUGGGUCCAAAAGAAGAGCCUGCACCACCAGUGGCCGAGGCCGAGGAUAAGAAUCCAAAGAAACCGGAACCACUUCCCACCUUCGUGUUUGAUUUGAUUGUGAACAGUGUUGUGUCCAAUGAGAUGGAGUUCUCCGAUCCUACCAAGCUCGAAAUCACAGCAAAUUUUUUCAAAACCACCAUACCUCUGACUCCUAGCAUGAUUAAUGUCGAUGAGUUCAAGGAGAAUGCCGGCUUGCAGUUCCAAAAGGAUCCAAAAGAAGUCCGAAAGGAUGUCGGCUCCUGCGGUAUAUCCUUUACGGUGUCGUACGACAAGAAAACUAUUGGCACUGGCCAGGCCUCUUUCCCGCCACCCCUGGUGGAGACCAUCGACAAGGAAAUGCCCGACUUUCUCCACUCGGACUCCAUUAGGCUGAGUCGAGGCACCAACGCUACCGGAAAACUGGACUUUCAAUGCCGGAUGGUCGUCUUGUGUUUGACAGAAGUAGUGGAGAGCGAAUGCAAACGCAACAUGGACAAGAGCAUAAGUCCUCAGGACAUCAUGUUCGUGUUGGGUGAGUCGCAGGUGUGUCCUGCAGCCAUCGAGCCUUGUCCAAAUGCCUUCCAGGCAUUUCCAGAGGAGGAAGGUGAUGAACACCUUAACCUGGAUCUUAACCGCUAUCGGAGCGCGGGCGGAGGCGGUGGCAUCAAGCCCUACGAUAUAAUGACAGACAAUGGAUCCGGAAUACCAGCCUGCUGUGAACUAAAGAAAAUGGCCAUUGAAUACGAGAGAAUGAUUGACUCGAUAACCAAACGAACUGGCCCACCGCCACCUAAGCCACCAUGUCGUGAUCCCACCGACGAAGCCAUCUUCGGUAUGAGUCCGUGCCGCUGUCCUUCGGAGCCGCCCAUGUUCAUGCCCGAUCUUCCGGAGCCUCCGAACAAGCCGUGCUUUGUCUAUCUACCUGCUGUCAAAGAAGCGAAGCCCGACUUUUGUGAUAAGAAUAUGAUUCCGGUCCCGAUUUCUGACUGCGCUGGGGAGCAGUCUGGCAUCAAGCCUAUUCGUUUUUGUCCCAUUUGCUUGACCAAUAUGUCCUGGAUGCCAAAGUUUGCCGCCUGCCCGAAGUGUGGCGUUAAGCCCAUGCCCGUGGUGGAGGAACGACACAAAGAAAAAAAGAUCUCGGCUGACCAGAUUUUGCUCGAGUUUCUGGGAAAGCCUCCACCCACGUUAGACGACUACUGUGUGGAUCCUUGCGAGAAGGCCAAGCAGGAGAAAAAUAAAGCCGAAGAAGACGAAUGUCCUCCCUGCCGGUGCACCUGCAAAUACGGAAAGAUGUGUGCUCAUUGCCGCAUACGCAAGCUAUGUGCCGAUAUCUUUAAGGUGGAUCGCAUGGAGCCCAAGUGCCCCAAAGUAGAACCCAAGGAUUCAGAAGACUUCUGUGUGGUGAACAAAAGCUCGGACGACUGUCGACCGUAUUUGGCAAAAGUGUUUUCCGAACUGCGGGAUCUUUACGAUAUCAAGGACACCAAGAAGAUGUCGGAGCUGGAUGAAAACUGUGAACGAGUCGUGCCGAAGUCGGCUGAAAAGUCAAAACAAGAUACUCAAGCGAAGAAGUCCAAGGAAGAGGGACGAACAGACAGCAAGCCCGUGUAUAUUCCAGCCAACAAUAAGGGUCAUAUUUCCAGCCGACACAAGCAGUGUGUUCGACAAUCGGGCUUCGUGUCCCGUCGGCAUGGCUGGGCCUGGAGCAAGAGCUUUGAGGCCAAGAAACGGGGCUGGCGACCCGGAGCCAUAAGAAAGCCAAUCAAGCAUUUGAUGAAAUUCUUCCUAGAGCAGUCUCCGCAGGAUAAUGCGUUUGGCAAGUGUAAGGAUGCAGCGACCUUGGAGCGGGAAAAGGAGCUGGCUGCCCCCGUACUGAAUGUCUGCAAGAAGAACGGCGAGAUCUUCAUCACACUGAGACCACUGAGCACGUUGGGCGUGCGCCAGAAACCGAUCACUUUCCGUAUAGUAAAGAGUGAACUGGCCGUGGCUCUGAGCCAGAUCAAGCGCAAGCUGAAGGACAAGGGCUUCCGAAAAUGCACCUGCCACCAGACACUGAUGAUGUGCGAGUGCCGUAGUGCCUUGGAGAAGGCUCACCUCCAACGGGCACUGAACAGAGAGUGCCGGCGCCACAGCAUUCCUCCGGCUGGCGACCAUUUGGUGCUCACCGAUACCAGUGAAAGCGACAUGGAGUACGACUUCGAUGUGACCCCUCCGGCAGGCACUCAGCAACCAUGUUCUCGGCCGAAACCAAGGACCGUGAAUCACGGUACCCAGCACAAUCCGAAGGAAAUGGGUCCACCUCCGAAGUAUCCAAAGAAGAUUACGCCCUACUGGAAACCCUAUGAUUGCGCUGUGGGCGAUCGCUACAUGGGCACCGCCAUGGGCCUGCCCGGUGAGCAGGUCUUCGAGGAUGGCCUCUUCGGUCUACUGGGCGGCGGACCGCACGGCCCAAAUCCCAUGCCCUGCGGCAGGCCUCGGUUGGGCGCUGCUUGGGGAACCGGUGGCGGCUUUUCUGCAAUGUUCGGCGGAGGUCGCGGCCGUGGUGGACCUGGCGGACCGGGCGGACCCGGUGGAUUUGGUGGCAUGGGUGGCGGUCCCGGUGGUGGUUUAGGUGGCCAAUUGGCUGGGAUACCCGGUGCUAAUAAGCUUUUCCCGAAAAAAGGCGGCAAGGCUGGUCCCAUUCCAGUUCGUUAUCCGAAGCGGUUCCUCAAACCGGCGGAGGAUGCGGCCAAGGCGGCCAUACAGGCGGAGAAGGAUGCGAUUAUGAAGAAGAAGAAGGGCAUCGACAUGAUCAAAUAUCUGCAAAAGGAGGGCACCCUGAAGCGGCCAUGGAAUCCCGACGAGGGCAAGGACAUGCGGCCGAAGAAGAAAAAGUACGGGUCCGAUGGGCUAACAGAUGGCCAGAGGAAACGCAUGCUCCUUCUGUCCAGUCCAGCUCCUCUGCUCUGCCAGAUACCGAGACGUGGCAAGGCAUACAAUCCUUGCGUCGAUCCUUGUCGAUACGAAUUUUGCUGCCGAUAACAAAUGGCCCAAUUGUAUUGAAAAGCUCUCUUGGCAUUAUAAAAUACUGUUGAAUCAGAAUCCAUGCUAAACAAAAAUCUUUCGCAUCAAUAUGACUGUUUGUUUUUAGUCCCGGAAGCCAUCAAAUAUAAUAAAUAUUGCAAAUUUUCCUAAAGUA